AUGAACAGAACCUUCAGCAUGAGGGCAGGGCCCGGGGGCAGGUCCUACAGCGCUGCCUCGGCCAUCGUGCCCAGCAGCAGCAGGGCUGGCUUCAGCUCCGUGUCCGUGGCACGGGCAGGAGGAGGAGGAGGAGGAGGAGGAGGAGGAGGGGGCGGCUUUGGGAGGCUCGUCGGGGGAGGUGGAGGCGGUGGCGGGGGAGGUUUUGGCAGCAGGAGCCUCUACAACCUCGGGGGCAGCAAGAGGAUUUCCAUCGGGGUCGGGAGCAGCUUCAGGGCCGCCUUUGGAGGGGGAGCCGGGGCAGGAGGAGGGUUCGGCUUCGGCGGAGGGGCUGCGGGGCUGGGCUUUGGGGGCGGGCACACAGGAGCAGGAGGGUUCGGCUUUGGGGGGCUCGGGGGGCUGGGAGGGUUCCCCGCGGGGUUGGGAGGGGGCAGGAACCCGGCAGGAUUCGCCGGUGGCCCCUCCGGGGUGGGCACGAUCCAGGAGGUGACGGUGAACCAGAGCCUGCUGGCCCCCCUCAACCUGGAGAUCGACCCCAGCAUCCAGCAGGUCCGCAAGGACGAGAAGGAGCAGAUCAAGACCCUCAACAACAAGUUCGCCUCCUUCAUCGACAAGGUGCGGUUCCUGGAGCAGCAGAACAAGGUGCUGGAGACCAAGUGGACCCUCCUGCAGGAGCAGGGGCAGAAGAACAACUCUGGCAAGAGCAACCUGGACCCGCUGUUCGAGGCCUAUGUGGGCAACCUGCGGCGGCAGCUGGGCAGCCUCCUCAGCGAGAGGGGCCGCAUGGACGGAGAGCUCAGGAACAUGCAGGACCUUGUCGAGGACUUCAAGAACAAGUACGAGGAGGAGAUCAACCGGCGCACGGCGGCGGAGAACGAGUUUGUGGUGCUCAAGAAGGACGUGGACGCUGCCUACAUGACCAAGGUGGAGCUGGAGGCCAAGGUGGACGCGCUGAGCGACGAACUCAACUUCCUGCGCGCCCUCUACGAGGCGGAGCUGGCCCAGCUCAGCGCCCAAGUGUCCGACACGGCCGUCAUCCUGUCCAUGGACAACAACCGCGACCUGGACCUGAGCAGCAUCAUCGCCGAGGUGAAGGCGCAGUACGAGGACAUCGCCAACCGCAGCCGCGCCGAGGCCGAGGCCUGGUACCAGACCAAG